AUGCGAGAAGCAAGUGAUCGUUGGGGUCUAGAUGUCACUGAGUUUGCUUCGCUUGUCUUUCCAGAGGGUCGAUCCAAGAUCAUGGAGGAGACCAAAAAAUUGACGGCUGCCAGGAUAUCCAAAGGUCAUAUUGGCGAACGGAUAUCAAAGUAUGAACGUAACACUUUGCGUGAUCAGCAAGCGAGGGAAGUGCUCGGUCAGAGGACUAAUCAUAGAUCUUUGACUCGAGGCCGCCUCUCACCAAACCCACAUCUUCACAAAGACUCUAAGGGUAUGAGUGAAGAAGAAAAAGAAGACUCUAUGCCUCUCUGGAUGAAACAUAAAUUGGCGAUUAAAGAGAAACUGUUAGGGAAGGCAUGGAUCCCACAGAAGAGGAUCAGUAGACAAGCUAUGGAGGAGGUUCGAUAUCUCCGUAAGCAAUUUCCAGAAGAAUGGACUACUGAUAAAUUAGCCAAACAUUUUAAUAUUUCAAGUGAAUCGGUGAGGAGAAUUUUAAGGACAGAUUUCCAACUCAGUCCUGAGCGUGUAGCUGAGCAGGAUGAAGCCAAGGAGCGGAUGAGAAAGGAAAAGGUUGCUGCUGCGCUUGAACGCCUUAAAACUGAGCGACAUGCUCGUUGGCUGGAGAUAAAAGCAGAACGUCGACAGAUGCGACUAAGUCGAAAUCCACCUGUAGAAGGUCGAAUUAAACUUGGAGCGCCCAAGCGAUCCAUCAUUAAUGAAUAA